AGGUUAUUCAUGAUUCAAUGGGUCUUUUGCCUGAGGGGAGUAAAACUAUUGAUUUGCAGACGCCGCAAGUCGGAACUCUCGCGGAACAGUGGUCUAUGCGUAGGAGAAUCGGGUCGAUAUUUGCUUUCUCACUGGAAAAUUUGCGGCCGAGCGCAGCGGAAGACGGCAGCCUAAGAUCCACCACUCCAACAUAUAAACAGGACGUCCCGAACAUGUCCAAAUAUUUGUAUUAAAUUGAUACCAAGGAUAAAAUGCGAACGCGUAAUUAUAGAAAACAAUAAACAAACUGCCGCGGCUCUAGGCGAUACUCAACGCCAUGCCUCUCACAUUAACGUACUUCUGUAUAUACAUAGCGCUGUUAACUUCGAAAAUUGCUCAAUCAAUUGAUUGCUUCAAGUGUAUUUCGAUAAACAACGAUUACAAGCCUUGCGAUGAUCCUUUCCACAACAACUACACCACGGAUAUUUUCGAAUCGCCUUGUAUGGGUGGUCGGAAAGGACGCAACGGACUCUUCCCCGCCACCUCCUGCAUCAAGAUUACCGGGAACUUUGAGGAUAAUGGGGAGCCAAUAACGGUGCGUGGAUGUGCCUUGGAUAGCGGUACCUUAACCACUGAUACCGAAUUAGUAAGGAUGUCGCAUUGCGGUGGAUUCUAUUACAACGACAGAUACGUUAAAGGAUGUGUUCAAAGCUGCAACGAUGCAGAUGCUUGCAACGGAAUCUACCAGACCUACGCGUCCGUAGCUCUAAUAUUCUCGUUCGUUUUACUACUGAAUGCUUCGUAAUCUUUAAACCAUGGGAUCAAACAUGUAUAUUUUGGCCGUCCAUAAAGCAAUCUGUGCUUGCCUUUGCGCAUUAUGUUCAUCAGUUACAUGUCAAUUUCAUAUACACAUUCAAGAAACUUUCUUCAAUAUCCUACAUUGUCAUGAAACCAAGCUUUUCAACCACACCAUUUUCAUACAAUUCAAUCCACAGAUCUGACUUAAUAUUUACAAUAGUAGAAGACUCCAUAGUUCAUUUUGAAUCGCUUAAACCGAUCUAAAUAUCAAAAAAAAAGAACUGCUAUUGCAAAAGAAGGCCUUAAUAUUCAAUGAUCAUUGAUACAAAUAAGUAUAUUUUCGUAUUGCUCACAUCGUUCAAUGUACAAUAUUGAAGAACGCUUCGUUCUGUAUACAAGAAAAGAAUUAAACAUAUCAUAUUCAUUACAAAAAAAAAAUAAUAUCAAACAUUAACAUACGCAUGGAUUUGAACUUAAAUUUAAGUACAAUUUAACUCAUAUAUAGACUUAAGAAAACAAUUUUCCGAAACGCGUAAUUCAUUAAAUUGU